UUCUUUCCCAAUGCAUUUCUUCCUUCCCCUCUCUGUCUCUCACAUUACAUUAGUGCAUAUAUAAUUAUAUAUACAUAGUAAUCAAUCUUAAAGCACACCACUGAGACGGCUGCAAAUUUUGAUGACCAACAUCCUCACUUGGGAAACCAUCACCAAAGUUGAAAGUUUGAAAGAACAUAAUAAGGGUAUGGAAAGGUACUUCAUGCCACAUUGGGUGUCACUUGCUCUAUGAAAAGGAUGUGCUUGAUGAAUGGAAAUGGUGUCUGAAUGAUGUCAUAAAUCUCCAUGGCAAAGGGGAAGAGAUUUUUUGGAUGGGUGAAAAGACUAUUCGUUUCUGAGUCAAAGGAAAAAAAGCCAAAGAAAUGGGGAUGGAUAUGGAGCAUUGGAAGGAUUAAACAGAGGAAAUACCCUUCAAUUACAGCUCCAAACAGGACAUUGAUUGAAGCAAGUGCAGAGCAAAGAAAACAUGCUUUGACUGUGGCUAUUGCAACAGCAGCAGCUGCAGAAGCUGCAGUUGCCGCCGCGCAUGCUGCCGCUGAGGUUGUCAAGCUCACCAGCGCUGCUUCUCGUUCGUAUUCAUAUCUAUGCAAUGGCGACCGGAGUUUGGCCGCCAUCAAGAUUCAAAGCACAUACCGUGCACAUCUUGCUAGGAAAGCAUUAAGAGCAUUGAAGGGAGUUAUAAGACUCCAAGCCAUAGUUCGUGGUCAAGCUGUGAGACGUCAAGUGUCCUGCAUUUUGGAGAAUUUUACCUCCAAUGCAAGAACUCAGGUGGAAAUCCAGCAAAUCAAGUUGUUUCUAAACCAAAAGAAAGAAGAGAAAGAACUGAAGCAAGAAUGUCAUGGUCAUAGAACUUGGAAUUUCAGCUCGCACUCAAGAGAAGACAUUGAAGCCAUAUGGUUAAGAAAGCAAGAGGCCAUUGUAAAAAGAGAGCGCAUGAGGCAAUACUCUUCUUCACAAAGGGAGAGAAAUAUUUCCCACAAGAUGGAAGAUUCUACGUCCCAUAAGGAAUUUGGAAAAGAUAGCUUUCGCCCGCUAGGAGAGUGGAUACAUAAAGAAACAUGUGAUUGGGAUAUGCUUUAUAAAUCAGCUUUUCCUUCAAAUAUUACGAUAAUAAAGAAUGAAUUGCAAGAAGGAUUUAGAACACAAACCUCAAUCCCACGGAAAUCAUUUUCUCAUGUGAAAAGAAGUUCACUAGGGGAUGAAAGUUCCAUGCCAAAUUCACCAGUUUUUCCAAAAUACAUGGCUGUCACUGAAUCCAGCAAAGCAAAAGUGAGAUCUAUGAGCACACCAAAGCAAAGAACAGCAUUUCUAGAUAUAUGCUCCAAUCAAAUUGAGAACAGUGCAGCAAAUAGCAAUUAUUUUCAUCAGAAGAUGUAGAAUUUGGUUCAAUUAAUGCAUCAAAAGUGUGCAGUGUGCAGGGAAAAACUUACAUUGGUCAUUUAAAGUUUGGUCCUUUACAUUUUGCAAAUUUUCACAUCUGUCAAGUGCUUUCUGUGUGAUCAUGUUUUUCUUAGAAGAAAAUUUUCUGUGUUGUUAAUUUUGGAGAUGAGACAUGAGACAUGUUACAACUGGGUACAACAUACAUGUAUAAAUUUGUAUAAAAAUAUUUAUUCACCCCUUCUUAUUGUAUUCUUCAUUAAUUUGUCCGAGUUUGUUAUCAUCGAAGAUUUCCAGCUAAGAUAAUAGAAGCUUUAUUUAGAUUU